UCAAAGUCUUUUCAAAAAUUAUUUUACAAUCACUAUGUUUUCUUCUUUCAAGAAAAAUACUAGAAAAAAAUAUUCACAAACAUCUGAGAUAAAAUAUCCUUCAAUAUCUAUGAAACAGAGAUUUGCAAAAGUAAAGAAGUUGCAAAAUUCAAUGAAGUCAUUAUGUGACAAUGAUUCCAGUUCUCUCGAAGAUGUACGACCUUUUUUUCUUAAAUCUAAUUCAUGUGACAAUUCAGUUGAUAAAUCAUCUGAUGAUGAAGAUAAUAUUAAUGAAUCAAAACAUGGAAAAAAAUCUACAUUCUAUACAAUUACUACAGAUGAGAGUGAAAAUGAUUAUCAAAAAACAGAUAAAAUACUUUCAAAAAUUAACAAGCAUAAAAACAAUGUAAAAGAUAAGAAAAUAAAUUAUGACAAUAUAAAAAAACAAAACAGUAAGAAUGAAAAAAUAAACAAUGAUUCAGAAGAUGACAUUUAUGAAAAACAUACUAAUAAAAAAGAAAAAAAACAUUUAACACUAAAGUCAAAACAACAACAUUUUAUCAAUUUCCAUAGAGAAGAUUCUAGUUCUGGUAAAGAAUUCCAAAAAUCAAAAAUUUCCCGUACUGGUUUGAAUAUCACAAAAAAAUUAACUCAAGCUAAAAAGGACAAUGUAAUUUCUAUUGAAUCAGAUUUAGAAAGUAUAAUAGAAUCAGAAAAAAAGUUUGAAAUUAGCAAAGAACAAAGUUUACAGUUAAAAUUUCAUGUUGUUAAAAUUUUUAAUAAAUUUAAGCAAGCUUGUUCAGGAUAUGAAUUACAAAUGGAACAUGUUAAAUGCAAAUACUUUAAAAAAGAAUUAAUAUAUCAGAAAUCAGUAAGUAAUGUUAUACAAAAAACAAAAAACGUGAUCAAUAAUCUUAAAACAGAACUUGAUGCACAAGAAAAAGAAUUAAUAAAUUUUUAUGAAGAAUGGAAUAAAAAAUGUAAAGUACAAAAUUUAGAUCAUGGAGAUAAUUCUUUAAAUGAAAUUGAAGUUACAAAAAAGAUAGAGGAUAAAGAAGAAUCAGAUACAUCAAAAAGUAGUUCAAAUGUGGAAAGUAUAGUUUCUGAAUGUGAUAAUGAAGAAAUAUUUUCUGAUACUGAAACAAAUAUUAUGAAAAUAAACAUUGAUAAAAAUAGAGAAAACGAAGAUACAAUAGUUGCAAAAUUUUCAGAAAAAUCAACAAAUGACAAUGAAAACAGUAAUCGUAUUAUAUCUCCUAUCUUAGGCAGUAAUAAUAAAAAAGGAAAUAGAAUUUAUGCAGACGAUAAUUCGAAAAUAAUUGAUGAAAAUAAAAGAAAGUUUAAAGAAUUUAACAUAUCUUCAAAUGAACACAUCAUAAACGAAUCUGUAAAUGAUAUAUUUGAAGAAAGUAUAAUUGAAAAUACAGAUGAUGUCAAUUUAAAAGAUGAACAUGAAAAUGAAAAAAAUUUAGAAUCAAAAGAAAAUGAAGAAAAUAACGAUAAUAAAAAUGAAAAUUCUUUGAAAAAUGAUGAAUUGAAUGUAGAAGUUAAAAGUAUAAAUUUGUGUGCAAUUGAAGUUAAAAAUAUAAAAUCUAAAUCAAUUACUUCUGAAGAAAUUUCAGAAUCUGUUGAAAAAGAAGACAAUAACAUUUCAGAUGAAGUUGAUGAUGAAGAACAAGCUAAAAGAGCAAUGUUAGAAUCAGAUUCAGAAACACCUACAAAUGAAGAAUCAUUGGUUGAAAAAUUUAUUAAACAGUCUAAUACAAGUGAUAGUUUUGAAAAAAAAGAUGUAUUACAAAUGAAAAAAAUUAAAUUUGAUAAAAAAAAAGGAAAAAAUAAGAUAUCAAAUAAUACCAGUUGUAAAAAUAAUUCAUCAGAUGAAAAUGAAAUUAUUAAAGAAGAAGCUUGUGCUAAAAAUACUUUGCUUGAAUCAAAUUCAGAUGAUUCUACAAGUCCUUAUGACAUAAAAAAAAAUUCAAAUAAAAAAUAUGAUUCUAAUGACGAUAGCGAAAAAUUAAGCUCUGAUAAUGAUAUUGUUUUAAAACAAACUAAAAACAAAAAUAAAGAUUCUAUAAAAGACGAUUCUAAACAACAAACAUUUAAAAUAAACUAUAUUGGAUCAGAUAGAAAGUUAAAAAUGCUUUCUGAAGUUAUUAUUGAAAGAUUACCGGAAAAUAUUCUUAAAAAACAUAAAAACGCAUUACAGAAAUCACGACAAUAUUUAGAAAGUAAAGAAUUUAAAAGUUUAAUUGAUUUGGAUAGAUUACAAAAAGAUUAUAAAAAUAAUAUUGAUAUAACACGAAGUUCCUUACCUAGAAAUAUGAUGAAAUAUAAAACAAAGGAAAAGGAAGAUUCUUUAUUAGAUCAUUUAAAGAAUGUGAAAGAUGACGAAUUUAUUGAAAAUACAAAUAAAAAAUCUAAUAUGGAAAAUAAUAAUUCAAUUGCAAAAACAUAUGGUAAUUUUCAAACUAACAAAGAAUUAAUAAUGGAAGCAGAUGCAGCUACAAAGAAAAUACUUUUAUAUUCUUCUGAUUCUGAUAUUGGUGAACAAAAAAUUAUUUUUGAAAAUAGUGAAAAUGAAAUAAAAUCAGAAAGUAGUUCAAAAAAAUCAAAUCAGAAAACAGAAAAAAAGAAUGGUGAUAAGGAAAAUGAUGAAGAAUGGAAGAAAAACAAAUGGAGACGAAAUAAAUUAUUAACAAUGAAAUUUUCUUCAGAUUCGGAUUCUGAUAUUACAAGGACAAAAUGGAAUAAAAAACAAGAAGAGUUAUCAGAAAAGAUGGAAGAAACUCAUGUUGAAAAUUUAGCUAUCAAAAACAAAGUUAUGAAACGUGAAAGAAGAAAUCGUAGAAAAAUUAUAGAUUCUGAUUCAGAUAUACAACUUUUAAAUUCUGAUACAAAUAUUAAAUCUUCUGUCACAUCAGAAGAUAAUAAAUCAGAUAGCGAUACUUCAGUAGGAAAGCCAAAAAAAGUGCGUAAACGUAAAACAUAUAAAUCAUCUGAUACAGAUUCCUCAUUUACAGAAAAAAGAUCUAAGCCAAAGAGAAAACGUAUUAAAAACAUGUCCAGUGAUAGUGAUAGUGAUAACGAUCAAAUUAUAAACUCUCAAGGAACACCUGGAAAGAAAGGUCGGAAAAAUAUUCGAAAAGUAAUGAAAGAUAAGCAAGUUACAGAUGAUACUAAACAAGCUGCUAAAGAAGAGGAAGAAAGACUCAAACGUAUUGCUGAGAGACAAAAAUUAUAUAAUGAAAUGUAUGAAGUAAGAUUGGCUGGAGAAGAAAAAGUAGAUAAACUAAUAUUGGAUUUUAAUCCUGAAACAAAAGAAGAAUUGAUAAUUGUUCAUAAAGAUCUAGUGAAACGUUUGAAACCUCAUCAAGCCAAAGGAAUAAAGUUCAUGUGGGAUGCAUGUUUUGAAUCACUGGAAAGAAUAAACUGUUCUCCUGGAUCUGGAUGUAUAAUUGCACAUUGUAUGGGAUUAGGAAAAAGUCUUCAAGUAAUUGCGCUGGCGCAUACACUUUUAAUACAUGAAAAAUCUGGCGUUAAAACAAUUAUGAUCGUUUGUCCUUUGAGCACAGUACUUAAUUGGCUCAAUGAAUUUAAAUAUUGGUUAAAUGAUAUAGAAAAUGAUAUCGAAAUUUAUGAAAUGACUAAAUUAAAGAAAAAUGUAGAACGGAAGUUUCAAUUAGAAAGUUGGCAAAGAACUGGUGGUAUACUUCUUAUUGGUUAUGAAAUGUUUAGAAAUCUCACUGGUACAAAUAAUAGAAUGAGAAAAAAUAUGAAAGAAGCAAUUUUACGAUACUUAAUAGAUCCUGGUCCGGAUAUGAUAGUUUGUGACGAAGGUCAUUUACUAAAAAACGAAGAUACUGCACUUAGUAAAUCUAUAAAACGAAUUAGAACAUUACGUAGAAUUGUACUUACAGGAACACCACUUCAAAACAAUUUGAUAGAAUAUCAUUGUAUGGUACAAUUUGUAAAGCCAAAUCUUUUAGGUACAAAGAGAGAAUUUUUAAAUAGAUUUGCAAAUCCAAUAACUAAUGGUCAAUUCGAUGAUUCUACUGAAUAUGACGUUAAAAUAAUGAAAAAACGUGCAUAUGUUUUGCAUAAGAUGUUAAAGGGUUGUGUACAAAGAUUUGAUUAUUCUGUAUUAACACCAUUUUUACCACCAAAACAAGAAUAUGUAAUUUUUGUUAGUUUAACAGAAGUGCAAAUUAAUAUGUAUAAAUAUUAUUUGGAUAAUUUUGCAAGGCGAAUACGUAAUGCCAAUGGAUCUCUUUUCGCCGAUUUUCAAGCAUUACAAAGAAUAUGGACGCAUCCUAUAGUUUUACAAUUGAAUGCAGAAAAAAUAGAAAAAAUGAAUGAAAAGAGAUUAGAUUCCAGUGAUUCUGAGGGUUCUUUGCGAGAUUUUAUUAAUGAUAGAGAAACAGAUUCUACAAGUAGUAAUAUAAGUACUACUGAUGAAGAUGAUGAAGUAAAAAGUAUUGACUACAAUGUUGUAGGAAAAAAUACAAGACGUAAUUCAAAAAAUAAUAAAUCUGAAAUUGAAAUAAUUCCAAAAUCCGAAGAAUUUGAAAAAAAAGAAGAAGAGUGGUGGUCACAAUUUGUUCAACCUGAACAUUUUGAAGAUAUGAGAAUUUCUUCUAAAUUGAUACUUCUUUUUGGAAUUUUGAAAGAAUGUGAACAAAUUGGAGAUAAAGUGUUGGUGUUUUCACAAUCAUUAUAUUCGUUAACUCUAAUUGAACAGUUUCUUGAGAAAAUCGAUAAUGCAACACAAAACGGUAUAAAUUCAGAUUAUAUUGAUGGACAUACUGGAAGUUGGUCAUUGGGUUUAGAUUAUUUUCGAUUGGAUGGUCAAACAUCUGCAGAAAAUAGAAAUAUAUGGUGCAAAAUAUUUAAUGAACCAUCAAAUACAAGAGCAAGAUUAUUUUUAAUCUCAACUAGAGCAGGUGGAUUAGGAAUUAAUUUAACUGCUGCUAAUCGUGUUAUUAUUUUUGAUGCAAGUUGGAAUCCUUCACAUGAUGUUCAAAGUAUAUUUCGUAUAUAUAGAUUUGGUCAAAAGAAACCAUGUUAUGUUUAUCGGUUUCUAGCAGCUGGAACAAUGGAAGAAAAGAUUUAUAAUCGGCAAGUAACAAAACUAUCGCUUUCUUGCAGAGUUGUUGACGAGCAACAAAUUGAACGCCAUUAUAGUAAUCAUGAUUUAAGCGAAUUGUAUUCGUUUGAACCAAAUAUAAAUAAUGGAAAAAAACCGACUUUAAAUUUACCAAAAGAUAGAUUAUUAGCAGAAAUAUUUUUAAUAUAUAAAAAUUUUGUGGAAAAUUAUCAUGAACAUGAUUCUCUUUUGGAAAAUAAAGCAGAAGAAGAAUUGAAUGAAGAAGAAAGAAAGCAAGCUUGGUUAGAAUAUGAAGAAGAAAAGAAAGGAAAACCAAUGCCAUCAUAUUCAGCAAUUCCAACAAUCCUAAAUCAAUAUAAUGCAAUAUUAAAUCAAUACAAUGUACCAUCGACAUUUAAUAUUAAUACAGAUUACGAAAAACUUCGGGAACUUCUUCAAAAAGAUUAUCCUAAUGCAACACCAGAAACUCAACAAAUGAUGACUAAUCGUGUAUUGGCAGAUAUGUAUACUUAUUGGGAACGACAAGCUUAUCAAAAUUCUGCAAAUCAAAUAAUCAAUCAGAAUCCAAAUAUAAAUCCGAUACAAAUAAGAACUCAGAUACCCAAUUUGUCCCAAAUGUCUUAUGCAAUGCAGAAUACAAAUCAAAAUCUAACCAAUCAACCAAAUGAUUAUAGGACAUCUGAUAUUAGAUCUGAUGAUGAUGUUGUAGAGGUUACUUCAAGUACAGUAAACAAUAAAAAUAAAAACCAAGAAGAAUAAAUAAAUCAAAAGAUAUGAAAUAAAUAUUAUU